GACGACCAGAGCAACGCGAACGUGACGCGAAGAAGUGGGACAGCCUUAAGUGCCUUGAGGAGCGGCAGGCGCAGGGGAUCGUUGGCAGCCUGACCAGUCAGGCGCCGCCAAAGUGCGGCUCCACUCUGUGGCUUUCAGGUUUACAGAAUUUCUGGAGCUCAUCAACGACGACGACAAGCGUUCAUGGGCAUCCAAUUCCAUCACAACCCAGCACAAUGAAGCCUGCGCACUCGUCGACACUGGUCGGCGCCCUUCGAGGCUUGUCGCUGGGCAAUGCGACGGCCCUUCAGACUGCCCGAGCGACACCGACACGAGCACUCGACGCCGCACGACGCCUCCAGAAUGCUCGAGCCUUCUCGACAACCACCACAGCCAUGGGCAACUGGCUCGAGCCCAAACUCAACCGCAAGGACAAGAUGGCCAAGGGCCGACCUCGUGUGGCCACCGGCGGCUCGGCCAAGGGCACGACGGUGAUGUGGGGAGACUACGGGCUGCGCAUGAUCGACCACCACCGACGCAUCAGCGCAAAGUCGCUACAGACGGCGGAGAGCACCAUCAAGGCACGCCUGCGUGGUGAGAAGUACAGGCUGUACAAGCGGAAGAACUGCAACAUUGGCGUGUUUGUCAGCGGAAACGAUAUGCGUAUGGGUAAGGGUAAGGGUUCUUUCGACCACUGGGCUGCGCGAAUCGCCGUCAGCCAGAUCGUGUUUGAGAUUCGAGGCAAGAUUCACGAGGCCAUCGUGCGAGACGCCUUCCGUCUGGCCGGCAACAAGCUGCCGGGGCAGUGGGCGUUUGCGAAGAAGGGGGAUGCGCCCAUUGUCGGCAUCACACCGCUGGACAAUGGUCUCACAUUGGAGGAGUUGAAGGCUCCGAGGAGACACAUCGCCCCCCAGGAGAUGCUGGAGGCGUCGUCGCCGACUUCGAUUACGCAGCCUGGGAGCAAGACGGAGUCGCAACCAAAGCCAUGAGAGCUUGUAUGAUGUAGCAGUGUAUAUUACGGGCGUUGCCUGUGUAUAAAAUCAUGAGACCCAGAUUUUGGUCCACCUUGAACGUUCGAGU